CACUCACUUAUUGAAGACGAAACAAGGGCCAUUCUUCCGGUACAUAAAACUCUUGCUGAAAGGUGGGAAAUGUUGCCUGUCCGCGUAUUUAGACAAACUCGUUCGAAAGCAAAACAGUAUCCUGUGUAGAGUACUAUCCGACAAUCGUGCAUUGUUGCUGAAAAAAGCUUGGUGACAACCAAACAAUGGUAAAUCAGAUUUAUCCUCGCGAAAACCCAAUGCUAAUCAACACAGAAACGAAGAAUUGGGACCUCUACCUGCUUGCCAUAGUUAUCACAACUGUGUUUGGUAGCUCGAUCAAAGAAAAUAAACUGAGCAAAGUAAACGCUAUCAGAGAUUCACGGAGAAACUACGCAUAUACUGCAUUGUAUGCAAUUAGUAAUGAUCAACGAUUUAAUCAUCAUCGUGAAGAUUUAGUCACCAGUUUAACCGUACUGUCUGAGAGUAUUGGUGGUGAAGUAGAAACAGAAUGUAGGAGGUUGAUAGAAGAGUACCGGACAACAGAUCCAACGGACGUUGAUAAAUACGUCAACCAGCUAAAAGUUCCAGGCUUGGGCUUUAAGAGUAUAAAUGAUGUACACAGAGAUUUUUACAAAGGAUUAAAAGCUGAAUUAGAAACGAGCGUGGAUAUAAACCUCAAAGACAACUGCGAACUAGAGAUAAUGAUUCAGCUAGUGUGUGAAGACAAAGAUAAGCAAAAAAAAGCAGAAGAUUCUAUUGACAAGUUUUUGACAGCCAUAUUAUCCGGUCAACCAGAAGCAAGUCCAGACUUUCCGGAAGUUCGGAAAACAAUAGAAACAAUCAACAGUAUUCCAUCAGUGAAACUGACAUGUGUAGAAAAAUCAUGCCUUUUGUUAACAAUAGAAUACCAAUCUAAGCAGGCCCUGCUGAGUCUUAUAAACUAUGUAGACAGCUUGGAGUUCCAACAACACUUAGACAACAUUUCUAUUGAAAUGGCUUCACAGUUUGACGAGGUUUUCAAUUUGCAAGGCCACUUCACUAUUGAGAGCCUGUUGAGAGUUUUGCCAAACCAAG